AUGACUUCCUACAUUAAAAUCCCAUCGCAUCUAACUCCUUCAGAUCCUCAAGGAUCUGAAUCAUUAGCGAUAGAAAGAUCUAAAGCAACGUUCGAUGUUAAAGAAUUAACAUUGGCAUUGUAUGGAGCCGAUGAGUUAUCUAGAAGAAAUAAGGUAUUAAAGGUUUUGGAGAGCGAUCCUACUUUUGAUAAAAGUAAUAUUUAUUAUAUGGGAAGAACCGAAUUGUAUGAAUAUGCUUUAAAGAGAGAUAAAAAAAUAGUUAAAUUAUUUGUGACCAAUAAAUGGAGUCCAGAGGAAUAUCAAAUAGCUCUCCGGUUUCUUGAUUUGCCUGGACCUUAUCAAGUUCAUCGAAGUAUGUUCAUCCCGACCAUAAUGGGUCAGGGGACCGAAGAACAAAAAAGAAAAUUUCUUAAACCAGCAAUAAGACACGAAAUAAUUGGAUGUUAUGCGCAAACUGAGUUAGGUCAUGGAUCAAAUGUUCAAGGGCUAGAAACUACGGCUACUUAUAUUCCUGAAACGGAUGAAUUUGUGUUACAUUCUCCUCAUUUGACUUCUGCAAAAUGGUGGGCUGGUGGGCUGGGAAGAGCUGCUAAUCAUGCGAUUGUGAUGGCAAGAUUGAUAACUAACGGAAAAGACAAAGGUCCACAUCCAUUCAUUGUACAGAUUCGAGAUCUAACAACUCAUGAACCGUUACCAGGAAUUAUUAUUGGAGAUAUUGGACCAAAGUUCGGAUAUAAUUCGAUAGACAACGGGUUUAUGCUAUUCGAUCAUGUGCGAAUUCCGAGAUCAAACAUGUUUUCCAAAUUUUCACAAGUCACUAAGGGUGCAGGGUUUGCGCUUGCACGUGCUGCUACUAUUGCUGUCCGAUAUUCGGCUGUGAGAAGACAGUUUGUUGAUAAGGAAAAUCCAAAAACAUUGUCAAAUGGUCGAAUAGUAGAAACUCCCGUUCUAGAUUAUACAAUGCAACAAUACAGGUUAUUCUCUGUGAUCGCGCAAGCCUACGCUGUUUAUUUUACUGGUGAAAUUACCUUUAAUUUGUACAAGAAAUACGUGGAGCAAAGUUCUAGCGGUGAUUUUUCAUUGCUCGCUCAUUUACACGCAUCCACCAGUGGUCUAAAAUCAUUAACUACUGCAAUGGCCGUGGAUUCAAUCGAAGAUUGCCGAAGAUCAUGCGGUGGUCAUGGAUACUCAGAUUUCAGUGGAUUUACUAUGUUUUAUCAGAAUUAUUUACCAAAUACUACUUGGGAAGGUGAUAAUUAUCUCUUAACUCAACAAACCGCUCGUUAUCUUUUUAAAACAUAUCGCGAAGUCAUUCACAGUAAACAACAAAAUAAAAUUUUCACUUUACAAUCAAACACAAAUCCAACGAUCUACUAUAUGUCCCAAUAUCUAAGUAACCCAAAUCAGAAAUGUACUAUCACUUCUCCAUCAGAUUUUAUGAAUCCUGAAGUUCAACUCGCAAUCUAUGGCUACCGAGCAGCCCAUCUAAUCGCUCAAGCAGUUGACCAGAUUGACAACCACCAAAGAAGUUGGAAUUCAAUGCUCGUGGAAAUCAGUCGAAUUUCACGUGCUCAUUGUCAAUAUAUAUUGGUCCAAAACUUUAUACUCACCCUACAUCCUCAAUCAUCAGAUUCAAUUAACGAAAAAAGACGCAUUUUGCAUAAUAGUCCAAGCUUAAAAAAAGUCUUAACAUCAGUUUGUAAUUUGUUUGCAUUACAUACUAUAGAAAAGGAUCUUUCUGAAUUCUUGGAAUCAGAAUAUUUGUCACCAAAACAAGCGGGAAUGCUAAGAGUCCAAGUUUCUGAAUUGAUAAAUGAAAUUAGACCAAAUGCUGUUGCAUUAGUUGAUGCUUUUGACUUACCUGAUUAUUUACUGCAUUCAGCAUUAGGAAGGUAUGAUGGAAAAGUUUACGAAACUAUGAUUGACUGGGCAUCGAAAGAGCCAUUGAAUGGUAUCACAUUUGAUAGUAGUCCUUAUAGCGAGGAUUUGUUUAAGAAAAAGGUUAAAUCUAAAAUUUGA